UGCAGUUGCAGGUGAUUCUCUUUCUCCUGGGAUCGCUUCCGAAUCGGUUCUUCUGUUGGAAUCAGUUCCUUUUCUUGAAAGAAAGCAAUGGAUGCCAUAGAUUCCGCCAUCGAUCCAUUGAGGGAGUUCGCAAAGGACAGCGUUAGGCUUGUCAAGAGGUGUCACAAACCAGAUCGCAAAGAAUUCACUAAAGUUGCUUUCCGUACGGCUAUUGGAUUUGUUGUUAUGGGAUUCGUCGGUUUCUUCGUUAAGCUCAUUUUCAUACCCAUCAACAACAUCAUUGUUGGAUCUGGUUAGGUGAUGUGGAGUUGUUACUAGUGAAUUUUGAAGUGUGGCGGAAGGAAACCAUAUCAGCGCCCAAAAUGCGCAAAUAGAGAUGCUUAACAUUAACAAGUUUAGAUUAUGGAUGUAACACCAUUCCUGGAUACAAUUUAAACAGAGUAGAGAUAAGACUGAUUUUUCCAUGCCCUUGCUUAAUGUGGAAAACUCUUAAUUUUGCAAAUCAAUUAGAUUGCAUUGUUUUCCUGUCUUGUGAUUGGAA